AUGGAAACGCAAUUCCCAUUUCAGAAUGCCACGGAUUUUGGGUUAAUUGAUUUCUUGGAUGAAGCCAGUUUUAAUCAAUUUAUUGAACUUAUAAGGCGAGAGAAUGAAGACCCUUUUAUGAAUUUCAGCCAAAACUAUGAUUAUGAUCCACACAAAGCUGGCUGCUUGGCUGAGAAUCAAUUUGCACCAGCCCCCGUAGAGUUGUUCGAUUUCGACAUUGAAACGUACUCUAAUCUGGAUUGUGCAAUUGGUUCAUUCCCCCAGGACACAAAGGCAGUGGAGGAGGAAAAUGAUGAGGAGGAAUCUUCAGCAACCACCACCACGCCAACCAAGAAGAGCACAAAACUUGAUAGAUCGAGAACUUUGAUUUCAGAACGACGAAGGAGAUGUCGAAUGAAGGAAAAGCUCUACGCAUUGCGUUCUUUGGUCCCUAACAUCACCAAGAUGGAUAAAGCUUCAAUAGUUGGGGAUGCCGUAGUGUAUUUGCAAGAGUUGCAAAAGCAGGCCAAGAAGUUAAAAGCUGAGGUAGCAAGUCUGGAAUCAUCCUUGACACAAGGGGAUAAAUGUCAUGGGGUAAACAUUCAAACUACCAACAAGAUGAAUGCUACUAAUUUCUAUUCGAUAAUCAAGAAGAUAUUGAAGAUGGAUGUAUUUCAAGUUGAGGAAAGAGGAUUUUAUGUGAGAUUAGUCUGCAACAAAGGGCAAGGUGUUGCAGUGUCCCUUUUCAAGGCCCUUGAAUCGCUUAUAGGCUUCGAUGUUCAAAGCUCCAACUUGGCUACGUCUGCUGAUAGUUUUGUUUUGACAUUCACUUUGCAUGUAAGAGACAGCGAAGUGGACAUGAACUUGCCAAAUUUGAAGCUGUGGAUUGCUAGUGCUUUUCUUAAUCAAGGAUUUGAUUUUGGAACUUCACCCUCUGCCAUGCUGCCUAACAUCACCUUAGCAUCAUAA